CAUACAAACAUUACCAUGAACCCGGUGACGCCAGAAGUCUCGCAGGAGAGAGUAUUAAGAGUUUCCAAGCAAAUAUUAGCCAUGUUUUGUCCUCGGAUGAAGGUUCCGUUCGUAGUAUAUAUAGGUGGCCGGCCCCUCACUACAUCACAUCAACAUACCAGGCUACCAGCUACUGCGCUUGUACCUCUCAAGUUCUGGUCUACAAACAAAGUCAUGAAGCUGAUAGGCCUGAUAGUGGGCGUGUGGGCGUGCAUAUUGGUGUCGUAUAUUGAAGUGGAAGCGUCACCAUGUUGUGGCGUGGGCGUGGUUGCUGUGGGCGCCCUCGCAUUUACUGGGGGUGUGAUCGCAGGUAGACACCACCAACGUCACCACCACCACCAUCACCACAUCCAUGAGUGUCUCUCCUGCGGGUGCGGUGGCUGUGGUGGUGCAUGUGGCUGGUGUGGUGGUAAUUACUAUGGUAGGAGACGUCGCAGGAGCAUCAGCGCUUUCAUAGAAGACGCCGAGAUCCAACAAGCGUAUAAGAAGGUCGCAGUAGAGGACAAGGAUCAGUGUGGGUUACGAGUGGUAUGUGAGCUGGCACAGAAAGACCCCCGUGAACUAGCUGAAGAUGAAAUUCAAAUACUUCUACCCUACCGUGGAGCUGGGGAGAGUGAUGGCACUACGUACGGGAACUAUGAUGAGGCAGCCUGGCAUGGUCAAGAAGGUCACAGCUGCCCUUCUAACUACCCACUGUGUGCCUUCACUGCUGACCAGGUCAUGACUGAGUAUCGCAAAUACAUCAAGAACAACGGAACGUUUGCUGUAACCUCUGCGUUGUGAAAAAAAUGCUAGGCUUUUUCUAAGCGUUCGACAUAAAGCUCAUUUAGGAAAUGAAUACAUUUAUUUAAAAACUAUGUAUUAAAGUAUAUUGCAAGAAGAAGUAUGAA